AAUAGCCUCAUGCGGCACCAAGACCAACUCGAACCAGCCUUUGUAACACCAACACCAGGUAGCGUAAAUUUCCAGCAUUACCUAGCCUGUAGACGCACAGAAAUAUCCACUUCUGAUUGACAUGGACAUUCCUACACGCUUUGUCUUGGGUUUUGUGACUAAGUAGUUGAGUUCGUGGUCGUAUCUAUACAUCUAGAGAGCUAGUAGUACAGUUAGUUGUAUUCUUCUCUUCGUCCAUCAACUACAACGACAGCCACAAAUUAUACUACACCGCUUUUGCGAACAAGAUGGCCUCGUCAUCUGCAGUUGACUCUGAAUUGCUCGGUCAUGAGCUGAGGUCAAGCAAAGAGCAUGGCGCAGUAGUGCAGAAAUAUCUGGAGCAGAAAGGCCUCGGCUCUUUUGAGCUGCUUGCGGAUCUGGGUUGUAUCCAUUGGUGGCCCGAGCGCUGCCCGGCUCGAACCAGUGCGAGCGCCACAGCCAAAGACAUCCUGGGAGCGUGCGAAGUGCUUGAACUUCUAGACGCAGGAAUUCAUAGUCCCGACGAUGCAGCUGGCAAUGGCAUUGAAAAUAAGCGUAGAGACCAGGUACAAGGACCACCGCGGCUGACGAAUCUUGGGAAACUGAAUCAUCGUCUGACCAUGAACCCGCAGAAACUGUCCUCGAACCUACCACACGACAUUCGCCCGUCCGGCUUUUCUUUUCAUGGCCCUUCCAGCCUUUUAGGGCUAUUGCUUUGUUUGCGCAGUGAUGCCCUUGUGAAGAAAAACGACAAGCAGGCUGGACCUGGAACUGCUACAAGCGUUCAAGAUUACAAGGCUGAAAUUACAAGGCGUGAAGAUUCGCCAAUGCCAGACUUUUUGUUUGGUGGAUCCACGCUCAACAUGCUGGCGGAGCGCACAGUUUGCAGCUACAAUUACCUCCCGGGCGGCGCCCGUGAGGUCAAAAGAUUGCGCUACCGGGUGCAAAAAAUUAACGGUGUCAUCUCGAUUUGUCGUGUUGCUGACUAUGAAAAAAACUACGCAGAUCCAGGCUUCCAGUUUGAGCGGCUCGUCACGGGUGGAAAUGUCGCAGAUCGCGUGGGCAAGACAGGUGCGGGGGCUUCGAUUUCUUUAAUUGAAACAAAUGAGUUCAGAUGUGGCCUAACAAACUCGCAAUUUUUGAAGGAACAACUUUCAUUCAUCUGAUUACUGCAUCUUCAGUAUGUAGACUGGACUACAUUACUAAUUCCUUUCAGGAAAUCGAGGGUUUGACUCGAUAGAGCGCGCGCAGCUGUGCCGCCUUGGCGGGACCUUCAAUGUUCUCUUCGUCGCUGACUUGGAUGCAUGCGCUGGCCCUCCGCGUGUUCCGGUGGAGAUCAAAAGCGGCAAUCCUCGCAACUUCGGUUCGAAACUAAUCUUGCAGAUGCUGAGUUCGGGAUCGCAGCUACUCUGCUAUGGCGAUAAUUACUUUGACAAGUCAGUAGGUGUCAAAAAAGUGAGAGCUGUUCGAACCGCUUCUUUUCCAACCCAGGUGAUGCGCGACCAUGGGAAUGAUACGCAUUUUCUCCGCCGUGCUCUCGGCGAUUCUUUGAUCGAGACGCUGAUGGAAUUGAAGGUACUGAGCUUGAUUAUUUGUAUCCUUGAUGUUGAUAAGGAAGAUAUGCAUCAUGCAGCGACGAUUGCUAUAUUAAUGAUCGCCCAUUUCUUGUUCUCAACGUCCUCUAGGUGUUGUGUGCCGACAUCCCCGACUGCAUGGAUGCCGAUUCCAAAACGUCGUCCUUUGACCUGGCAUGGGAGCAUGGCAAACCGGUACUCAAGCCCACAACGGAGUAUUUGGAUGCCUCAUUCGUAGCCCCGAAUGUGCUUCGCGAGCUCCUCGACAAACCCAAGAAAUGACCCGAACACUAGAGCCAUCCUUUGGAGUUGGAAAGAUUUCCUCAUACAACUUAGGACGUAGUGCAAAAAUACUUCAAUGUAUCGUCACAGUGCUGAUUUAUUUCGGCUCGAAAGGUACUCUAUGAAUAUGUCAAGACCACAGAGGGAGAUAUAACAGCGCUUGACUCGAGAAGAAGCGCUAAAAAAUGGACAAUGAAACGUAAGCACAGAAAGUAAAACUUCAUCUUUAUUGUUAGCUUUAUUGUUUUACUUGUUGCAUAAUUUAUUGAUCAUGGCAAAAUUAUUUCGUCCAUUCACUACUGUGACGAAUCUAUCACAAUCAACUAUGGAGAAAAACUCCCUCAUUCCUCUUGUGACCAAGUACUUUGAUCUUUGUGGAGAUCCUCAUUCCGUUUCGCGCUCUUUCAUGAAUCAUGAUCAUUCAUGAAGAUGAAUACUAGUAUGCAAGACAGCACCUCAUCUGGAAUGAAAACAUGAGCCCGAUAAGGACCAGAAUGUGCCAACCGCCCAUUUAUCCAAGUUCAUUUCGUCUAUUCGAAAAACUGAAAUAAGCAAGCAACUGAUCAGAAUAACCGAGAUACUGAUGAGAAGAAAGAGGAGCCUUGAUGUUAACCUACCUUUCCCAUUUUUUUGUCAGUAGCUCGUUUAUUUUCAGUUUUCGAAUAGAUUAGUUUUAGUUCAUUUCGUCCGCCUUCGGAAUCCAUUCGAUACAU